AUGGGUUCUUCCUCAUCUAAAUCAUAUAAAAAGCAAAUAAAAUUGCAAAAAAGACACCAAAAACAACUCCAAAAACAACUUUAUAAUAAUAAUGACAAAAAAAACCCAGGCCUCAUUACUGAUAAUGAAUCAGUAGGUUUUAAUAUCAACCAUCCCGCUUCAAAUAAUACAGCUCGGCCAGGAAAUAAUCCAGAAGACUCACCAAAUAAUGUAGAUUACUCAAUGCAAUUUUUAAUGGAAAAAUAUUAUUACUUAAAUUCCCUUAAACUUUAUGAUAACCCCAUUUCUGUUCUAAAUAAUAUCGAAAAUGUGAAAAUGAAGUCUGUAAAACAUAAAGCUUUUCUUCACAUGCAAAGCAUAAAUGAUAUUCAAAAUCAUAACUUUUUAUUCAAUAAUAAUGACUUAUCAAAUGAUUAUGAUAAUUAUGACAAUACCGAUAGUACUUAUGAUAAUAAUAAUAAUAAUAAUAAUAAUAAUAAUAAUAAUAAUAAUAAUAAUAAUAAUAAUAAUAAUAAUAAUAAUAAUAAUGAAAAUAAUAGCGAUAAUGAUGAUGAUAAUUUUAGCUUUUUUUUUCAAAUGCCGAGAUCUUAA